AUGGUAGGGGCGGAAACAGAGGUGAUAAAUCCCAUGUUGGAAGCAGAGGCCAUGCAUCCUGAACUGCUAAAAGCAGCAGCAGAGGGUAAAUAUAAUGUCCUCCAACAAUUCAGUAGCUCCUUCAACUGGGAGAAGCAAGUAACUCCCUUGAAGAACACAGCACUUCACAUUGCUAUGAGACAUAGACAUAUAGACUUUGUUCGAGAACUAUACAAUCGGUGUCCGUCGCUGGCAAGCAGAAGAAACUCCAAGGGCGACACCCCACUACAUGUGGCCAUAAGGAGUGGAUACUUGGGUGAUCGCUUGGCCGAUGCUGGUCGACGGACAUCUCCUCGAGACCUCGAGAAUGGAAGGAGAGAAAGGCGCAUGUCCUUUAUCGAGUAUUUGUUGAGAAGUAGUGUGGAUCCUCGUGUCUGGUCUUCAAACGAGCAAGGGGAGUCUCUCCUCUAUCUGUUGUCGACGCAUAAAGGGUCGGAGUCGGAGAGAAUCGUCCGUCAUGCCUUAUCAUCAACUACUCAUUCUCUAGAUUUUCGAGGCCCCAAUGGUCUAACGGCUUUACACGCCGCUGUGAUUGCCGGACAUUCAGGCAUUAUAGCAGAACUAGUGAAGCAAAAGCCAGAACUUGUCAAUAAACAAGACAACACCAAGAAGACUCCUCUUCAUUUUGCAGCCUUACUUGGUGAUCUCAAAUCGGUGGAACUAUUUUUACAAAAAGAGGCUUCUAUUGCAUAUCAAUUAGAUAAUGAAGGCCAUUCACCUCUUCAUAAAGCAGCCAUUAAAGGGAAAAAGAAGAUCAUUAAAAAGCUCCUUCAACGUUGCCCAGAUUGUAUUGAUUUGGUUGACAACAGAGGCCAAAAUGUUCUUCAUGUUGCCGUUGUGGAAAAGCAGUUAAGAGUUGUUCAACAUCUUUCUAAACACCAUCCUUGGGGUCUUAUAAACCAAGUAGAUAAAGAUGGGAAUACGCCUUUGCAUUUGGCUGCCAUCAACUGCCAUGUUCGGAUCACAUGGGCUCUUUCAAUGGCUCCUGCAGUGGACUUAACAUUGAUAAACAAUAAAAACCUCACAGCCCUCAACAUUGCUGAGUUAGACAUGGAAAAGGGAAAGACAAUAUUCCAAAAGCUUAUGAUCUCUUACAUAAUCAAAUUGUUUAGCAAAUUAAGGAAUCAACAGCAAGUGAUCACCACAGAUUAUGCCAAAAUAAGGGAAUCGACAAUUUCAAGAGAAAGUUCCAAGCAACAAGUUAAAACCCUUGUAGUUGUAGCAACACUAAUUACUUCCAACGCAUUUGCUGCUGCUCUAACUUUGCCAGGUGGCUAUGAAAAUGAUGGUCCAGAAAAAGGAACAGAAACCUUGAUAAGAAGGAACACUUUCAAAUUAUUUGUUAUAUUCGAUGCUUUUGCUAUAUGCAGUUCCAUCAGUGCCGCAUUUCUAUUGGUUUGGGUGAUCAUUACAGAUAUGAGAAAGUCUGUUGGUACCGUUCUUACUGCCGGCAUCCUUAUUUGGUACUCUCUUGUUUUUUUGGGAUUAGCUUUUGCAACUCAUUUCUAUGCAAUAUUAUCCACAAUUCAUUGGAUGGCCAUCUUCAUUAGUUUUAUCAUCGCUUUCAUUCCAAUUACUUUGCCAUUGUAUGCUCCAUCAGUUGAUAGAUUCAUGAGUUUCAUCCUCGCAUCUGCAUCAUCCAAAUUUGGUCGAAUGGGUCGGAGGACAUAA